AAGCGCGGGCUACUCCAUCACAUAAACCUUCUCUUAAACCCCUAGGGUUUUCCCCCACAAGAGAUCGUUAAUUCAAGCUUCAAGCUAACUCCAAUGGCGACGACGAAAUCCGUCGACGCCUCGCUAUGGUGGGAUCCCUUUACCGACUUACUGACAGAACUCGAAAACCUUUCCCCAUCAUCCGAACUCCCAACUUCUCUGGUGAAUAAGUUGAAAGAAAACCACUCAUGGUUAUUGGGCUCUGUCUCUCUAUUCAAGCCACCCAGUCAGAAAUCGAGAGAGGCGUUGGAUUCCCAACAACUUCAAAUCGGCUCUCACCAGUUAACCAUACAGCCAAGAUUAAAAGAAUUGGCAACGAAAAUUAGUUCCUCACUGUGCUUGGAUGAAGUGCAAUCUUAUAUACUUGUUGAAAGAUCAUGUGAACAUGACACAUCUGAUCUUGUAGCCCUCGAGCCACUUCAUUUGAAAGCUAUGCUUCAGUACUACAUUGAACGACAAUGUGUGUUGAAGUGUAUUCGCCAAAUUUUCAUGCUAUCCUUGUAUGCUGAAGAUGGCUCAAAAGUAGAUCAAAGUUUGAAGGAAAUCAUGCAGAAGUUGAUUUCUGAAGGAUUGGAAAACGGAUUGUUAUCUGUUAUCGAGAGUUUAUUGUCUGCCACUUAUCCUGAAAGCAUGGAUGUGGAUGUUUUCUCCUUGUGGGCUGAGGAGAUGCUUAUUGAAGACAAUUUGGUGUUGGAUAUUCUUUUUCUUGCUUAUUAUGAAUCAUUUUGUACAUGCGAUGGAAAACAGUGGAAGAAUUUGUGUUUGCUUUAUCAGAGGAUGAUAUCUGGGGCAUGUAACUUUGGGAAACUGGCAAUAUCAAGUGAAGCUGUGCAAUCUAUAUAUCAUGCUAAAGUACAGCUGUUGCUUAUUCUUAUAGAAACCCUUUACCUGGAAAAUCUUCUCCAAAUGAUCCAUGAUGAGACCCCUUUCAGGGAGGGGAAUAUUUCUUUAACUGUGAGUGAUAUUCAAGAAGUGGAUGCCAUUAUUUCCACCUUUGAUGCAUUUGAGACGAAAGAAUCAGGGCCAUUGAUUUUAACAUGGGCAGUGUUUCUAUGUCUCAUUUCAUCUCUUCCAGACAAACAAGAACAUGAUGUGCUUAUGGAAAUUGAUCAUGUGGGUUAUGUUCGCCAAGCUUUUGGAGCUGCAUCUUUAUCUUAUUUUGAUGAAAUCCUUCACAGUGAUCUCCUGAAAGAUUCAGAGGGCCCAAUUGCUGGUUCUCGUAGUGUCUUGAGGACUUUUGUCUCUGCAUUCAUAGCAUCCUAUGAAAUCAGUCUUCAGUUAGAGGACAAUAAUCUCAAAUUGAUAUUGAACAUUCUUGGAGAAAUUUAUCAGGGAGAGGAGUCACUUUGUGUUCAGUUUUGGGAUAGAGACAGUUUCAUAGAUGGACCAGUUCGGUGUCUGCUUUAUAACUUAGAAGGCGAAUUCCCCUUCAGAACUGUGGAACUUAUUUACUUAUUAUCAGCUCUCUCUGAAGGAGCUUGGCCUGCAGAAUGUGUGUAUAAGUUUCUUGACAAAUCUGUUGGAUUGUCAACUUUGGUUGACCUAAGAGUCAACCUUGAAUAUGACAUUAAUUCAAGAAUUGUGGAGACACGGUUGCCAAUGUCUGUUCCUGGACUUGAAGGUUUGGAGAUACCUGGGAAUACAAGAGGUCAUGUUUUAAAAUUCAUAAAUGACAACAGUGCCCUUGUACGAUGGGAGUUCACACAAUCUGGAGUGUUAGUGCUUCUUUUGCGUGUGGCACAAGAGAUGUAUCCAGAUGGCUCUGAGGAAGUUCUUGCUACCCUUGGUUUGUUUAGCCGACUAGUCACUUUUAACAAGGAUGUGUGUUAUUCCCUGAUGAGCAUUGGUGAUACAUUCCAUGGAAAAGACAUAACUGGGUUAAAUGUGGCAGAGAUCAUAUGCACCUUAGUCAAGAAUCUUUCUCCUAACCGUAGUGGAGCAUUGAUGAUGUCAAUGGGUGUUAACAUUCUUGCUAUGAUGUUAAAUUGCUGCCCAUCUCGUGUCAUUCCAACUGUUUUGAAGACCAAUAUAUUUGAUGUUGCUCUAAAGAUGAAUCCUUUUAGCAGUGACUCAGAUGCAUUAUCAAGUGGCUCGUGGUUGCUUUCUGGAAGACUUGCUAAAUUGCUUCUUAUUGACUGUGAGCAUAAUGACAGUUCCUUUCCACUUGCUGUAUCAGUGCUGGAGUUCACGAUUCAGCUAUUGGAGAAGGGAAUAGAAAAUGACUUCCUAUUGGCUCUUGUUAUUUUCUGCAUUCAGUAUGUUCUUGUUAAUCAUGAGUACUGGAAAUACAAAGUGAGACAUUUUCGUUGGAAGGUGACAUUAAAGGUGCUUGAAUUUGUGAAGACAUGCAUUUUAUCAAUCUCACACUCCCCAAAAAUGGGAGAUAUUGUUCGUGAUUUGUUGCUUUGUGAUUCUUCAGUCCACAGUGCUCUCUUUCGCAUUGUUUGUAUAACAACACCAGCUUUAGAGAAACUUUAUGUUAGCCGUAUGUAUGGAGUAAUGGAAAUUGAAGGACUACAGCUAGCAAUUUGUUCUGUAUUGGAUAUUUUCAGCUUGCUUUUUGAUCUUUCAAAGGAUGCUUUGCCUGGAUAUCCAAUCUUCCAUCAAGCAGUGUUGUCAUCUGCAACCAAGCCAAUUCCUGUUGUUACAGCUAUCAUAUCUCUGAUAUCAUUCUCCUGGAAUCCUAAGAUCCAAUUUGGUGCUGUAAGUGCUCUCUCCAUGUUACUUUUGACUGCUGAUGAUUUACAACCCUACAUGUCUGCAAAUGCGUGCUUUGGUCUAGAUGACAAGCAGAUUGCAGAUUUCAGGAAGUCUAUUGCUCUGAUUAUCAGUGAGCAAUCACCUUUGAAUGAAGAUCUUAUUGCCAAUACUUUUAAGAUGCUCGCUUCAGCAGCAUAUUACCAGCCUGCCUUUCUUCUAGCUAUAGUUGAUUCAAAGGAUAAUACAGCUGAAGUUGCUUCUGGCUCUUUGGGGCCCAAGGGAGAAAAUCUGCUUGAUACUCUUGUGGUGUAUAUUGGAAAAUCAUCAGAAAUGAUAAAAAGUCAACCCAAAAUGCUGCUAAAUGUUAUGGAUUUCUUGAUGGCAUUGUGGCAAGGAGCUUCUCAGUUUAUAAAUGUUGUGGAACAUCUGAAGAAGUCUGAAAAUUUCUGGAGUCAGCUGUCCACCUGUAUCUCAGUAACUUUGAGUACAGACCCUCUAUUAUCAUCAUACAGAUAUCAAUGUCAGGCGGACAUAUUGCAAAUGAUGUCACUUGAGAUGUUUUUGCAGAAGAAGGUAUUACAUCCUGAAAUCAUCAGAAAAACUUCUGAAUUAUCCAAAUCUAGUAAUGCUGAAAAAGCAGAUGAUAAUCAUGAUGGUCCUAGAGACAUAUUAUCUGCUUGGUGCAACAACUCAGUGCUGAGUGACCUCAUCAAGUCGUAUGCUUCCUGUGAGUAUGAUAAUGACAAGUAUCUUAAAGCACAGGUUUCUGCUGCUCUGUUCUCUGUUCAAGCUAUUGAGAAUUUGAGAAAUGAUUGCACAGGAAGUUUGUCUUCAUCACUAGUUGAAAAAUUAAGCAACUUGGGAAGAAAGUUACAUGAUCUACCUGCAUUUUCAGAAUUGCUAUCUCAAUAUAGGCAACAACGUUACAGGGAAGAGAAGAAACUUAAGAGUUUGAUAAUGAGUGACCUGUAUUACUACAUGAAAGGAGAAUUCGAAGGUCGAAAGAUAGAACACAAAUUGUUCAAAGAACUGUUUCAGUUUCUUCUAGAAUCCAAAUUUCUAGAAAGUUACCAAAACAAAGAAGCUGAAAACCUGUCAAUUCAUGCUAAAAACGUGCUGCUAUUUGACUACACACGUCUAGAAAAAGAUUUAGGAAUAGAUUUAUGGGAUGUUUCAGAAUGGAAAGGCUUGAAAAAAGAUGCAGAAACAAUGUUGUAUCACAUGAAGGAUGUGAAUUCUAUGUUGAUCCUUAGUAACUCCAAACUUUUAGCUUUGAAGGCAUUGACAACCAUGCUGCCUGUCUAUGAUGAAGAUCUGAGAUGGAAGGCUAAUAUUGGUGGAGGACUUUCUGAGAGACUAAUUAGUUCAUGUAUUGAACAUAUAUGUCAGUCUCUCCAUGAAGCUACAGAAUCAUCACUCCAAUCCACCGAUUCUUCCAAUCACACCCUUCAUUUUCUUGAAGCUCAAGCUGAAUUACUUCUUCAUUUUCUCAAAUUCAUACAAAGAAAACAGUCUUUCCCAUCUUCCAUACUUAUAAUAAAAACCAUCACUUCCAGUUUAAAAUCAAUAAAAGACUCAAACUCAUUGAAGCUUUUACUCAUGUCACUUCUCUCUUGCAUCAACUCCCCUUCUUUUAAAUCAAUCAAGAACGAAUCCGAGGUUACAGAUGUCUUUUCACGCCUCCUCCCAAUUCUCUGCAACUUUAUCGAACCCGUUGACCACUUUACCCUUUCCAUUUCAACUAUCGAUUUGGUGAUAAAAACUUUGUCAACACCCACAACAUGGUUUCCCAUCAUCCAGGAGCAUCUAAAGGGCCAGAACGUCAUCAAAAAACUUCCUGAUAAAAAAUAUUCCAAUUCAGUCCCUGUGAUUUUAAAGUUUCUUUUAACGUUUGCUCGUGUAAGAAAAGGCGCAGAGAUGCUUGUGAACAUGGGAUUCUUUUCUUCUUUGAGAGUAUUACUAGACGAAAAUGAAAAAGAAAAAGAAAAGAUAUGGGGUCUGGGGUUUGCAGUGGUGUCCAUGAUUUUAUACUCUCUAAAAGACAGUCCUUCAGCUUCUGAUACUUUAGAUUAUGUGAUUUCUUGUUUUAUAUUAGAAAAACCGGAUUUCAUUUCUUAUUGUCUAAACACGCCGAAUUUCGCGCCUAUUCUUGAUAAAAAGAAGCGAGCGCGUCCUGAAAGUCAAACAAGUUUGACCGAUCUAAAGGAGACACAGCAUACCCUUUUGCUGAUUUGCAUGUUGGCAAAACAUGAGAACCUGUGGAGUAAAAGCAUGAAAAAAGAAAUGGAUGUGGAAUUGAGGGAAAGGAGUAUACGUUUGCUAGCUUUUAUUAGCCGGGGCCCGGAAAGUAACAGUAGAAGUGGUUGGUUUUUGAGUUUAUCAUCAUCAAAUGCAGUUGUGGUGAAGGACAAAAUGGGAAAUACAGAUGGUUGUGAUGCUGAUAUGGCUGCUAUAGAGGUGUACAAGAUUGCAUUUUAUGUUUUGAAGUUUUUAUGUUUGCAAGCAGAUGCUGCUGCUAAAAGGGCUGAGGAGGUGGGGUUUGUUGAUGUUGCUCAUUUCCCUGAUCUACCAAUGCCUGAUAUCUUACAUGGCUUGCAGGACCAAGGGAUUGCAAUAGUUAGGGAGUUAUGUGAAGAAGGGAAGAAGUUGAGGCCAGAAACAGAGGGUCUAUGCAUCUUACUCAUACAAAUAACGGAAAAAUGUUUAUAUUUGGAGUUCUGUGUCUCACAAGUUUGUGGUAUAAGACCCGUAAUGGGGCGACUUGAAGAUUUCUCCAAGGAACUCAAAUUAUUCUUUACAGCAACUAAAGAGCAUGUGUUUCUUGAAGAUUGGGUCAAGUCAUUGAAGCAAAUAAGUUCGUAUGUUUACCCAGGAAUAGGAUUGUUACAGACUGAAGGCUGUUUGUGAUUUUUUUGCACAGUAAGUUAUUAUUGUAAAGACUAAACAUAUGAUAUAUGAUAUGAGGUAGUUUUUUGUUUUACAGUUUAUCCCCUCCCCUCCACUCCUAAUGCCUAUUGCCUAUUGCCUAAUGUAAUAAUCUUAACAGAAACUACUAGACAACUAUUCAAAUUUUCUGAUUUUUAGGUAAAAUUUCUUGGUAAAAACAUGAUUACUUUGGUUUA